AUGUGCAUCCGGCGCGCGCGCGCGGACGACAUCCCGCAGAUCCAGGUCUGCAACCGGGCGUCGCUGCCGGAGAACUACAACGACAGCUUCUACGCGCGCCACCUCGCCGACUGGGGCCACCUCGCCUUCGUCGCGGACGCCGACCGGGAAGUCGUCGGCUACGUGCUCGGGAGAGUGAACGAGCGGCACACGGAGACGCCCGCGGGGCCGGGCUCGACGCGGCCCACGGAGGGCCACAUCACGUCGCUGGCCGUGAGCGACCGCUUCCGGCGGCGCGGCGUCGCGAAGCAGCUCAUGGUCGCGGUGCACGACGAGAUGGAGAAAUUGGUGCAGACGUCGAAGUUGCACGUGCGGUGCAGCAACGCGGGCGCGCUCCAGCUCUACGCGUCGCUGGGCUACGCCGUCGUCGACGUCGUCCAGGGCUACUACCACGACGGCGAGGCCGCCUACCUCAUGGCCGCGGACCUCGAGGCCGCGCGCGAGAACGCCGCGCGCGCGCCCGCGCGCGCGGACCUCGCGGACGAGUCCAGGGGCGCCGUCGCCGUCGGCGCCCUCGCCCUCUGA